AUGACUUCAUAUCAGCUGUGGGGUCUGAGGUCUCCCUUUGAUGAAAGUUCCCAGUUGGAUGGAUACUGUGCAUGUCCUUCUGGGAAACCAGAUGCAGCAGAAACAAUUGAGGUGGCAUCACCAUCAGACCAAGAAGUCGCGCUCUACCUGCAAGAUAAUGUUAUGACCAAUGACUGGAAGCUGUUGGGCCUACUUGCAGAAACAGAUAGUAUCAGUCCUGCGAUGUGGUGUUACACUCUCAAAGCCGAGCAUGACACCGCCACAGUUGUGUAUAAACCUCAACCUGUCAAACUCAACUCUGUGGAUUCAGCCAUCACCACUGGAGCACCACAACUGACAGGCGUCUUCCAUAUUUCUGAAGGAUCAGCCUUUACUGAAAUCAGUGCUGAUUCCCCAGCAUCUACGUCAACUGCACAAUAUAAUGUCAUUGUGAUGAUUUACAGACGAUUAUUAAGAGUUGUCACUUUAAUCUAUACAGCCUACCAGAAGUGUUUUCAUGCCUUACAACUUCCAGUUUAAUGCUGGCUUCUUAAGAGGAUUUUGAAUUUAAAGAUGAAAACUGUCUUUAUCUCUAAUUUUCCUUUCUAAUGCUUCUAUCAUUUAAAAAAAGAACACACAUUGAUGUGAUACCACAACCGCUGCAGUUCACGAGUAAGCUGUGGUUGCCUUUUACCUUAAAGAUAUGAGUUCAUUUGGCAUAAUAAUAUUUCUGACAAUGGACUCUUAGAAUGAAGAAUAGCACUGGGAAAGUAUAUAUUAAUUUGCAACUAUUGUUCUUUAUGUCCAGGUACACUAGCAUUGGGAAUUGGUUGAGAUGAUCUCAGCAAUUAAUUCAAUGAAUUAUUAGAUAAUAAAUAUCAAGUUUAAGAUGUGAUAUGUUGAGAAUAACAAAAAUAAAACUAACAGAUUUCUAGCAUUUGUACAAUCACUUGUGUUUACAACAAAUUUGUUUCUAAUUUUUCAACAGGUUUUUAUGUUUUUUUAGAAACACAUUAUUCCAUGGCACUGACAUUC